AUGACGAGAAGCAGAAAUAAUAGUAGGAAAGGAGAUUUCGGUUCUCAUCAAAUUUACAAACUUCCAAAACUUCCUGAUCGUUCACUAACCACGAGUAACUACGGUGCCGCUCCAAUCAUGCAACGAGGAAACCACAAUAACAUUCACCAGCGUUGUGGUGACUUCAUCAUAGACAUUGAACCCUAUUCUCAUCGUCCCUCGACGUCUUCGGGUGGUGUUGUCUCAUCCGGUAGUGUCGGUGGUACCGUAACAAUGACCACGGCUCACUCCACCGUCGCUUCGAUAUCCGAAGGUCAAUCGGUGUCCAUGGAGACCACCAAGAAAUUACGUGACCUGGAAUCCCAUGUGCAUUAUCAAUCCGAGCAAAUAAAGUCUUUAUUCUGGGAACGUGACGAUUUAAAGUAUCGUAACCAUAAUCUUGAAGCUCAAGUGAAAAUGAUGCUGGAAAAAUCAAAUAAUUAUGACAAACUCCUAAAGGAAUGCGAGGGUUUAAAGGCGCAAAACGGAAGCCUGCUAAAUGGUGUGCAACAACUUAAAGCCGCCGUGGCCCAAUCUAACAAAGAACGUGAUGACGUCAGAGGAAGUCAUCAAUUAAUGGAGUUUUAUUUAAAUCAGUUGCAAGAGAAGCUGAAUGGUCAUGAGAAAUUGGUUUUAGAAUUGAACGCCGCAAAGAAUCAGUUAAAAGAUAUGGAUGUUGAAAACAAGAGUUUACGCGAGGAAGCUGUGAGAUUGCGUAAACAAAAUGACAAUCUGGCUGCCGGUAUGGGUCGAUUCCAAGAUGAGAUAAAUUUUUUCAUAAAGCAACGAGAUGAUUUGUCGGCUGAAAAUUCUAACCUCAUCUCUAAAUCCGAUUUGAUGCUAUCCGAAGCGGACAAACUCCAUCUGAAAAAUUCGGAGUUGUCCUCGGAAUUAGAUGCGCAGCACAAAGAAUGUGAACGAUUGAGAGAACAGAUUGGCGAACUGACUUCCCAGAAUUCCACGCUAGCAUCUGAGACCGAUCGAUUGCAAAAUGAGCUGGACAAAUACUUGAAUAAUAUGAUGAGGCAGCAGUCUGAUAGUACCACUUCUGAAAGUACCAUUUCCGAAUUUGCCAAUAGCGAAUUUAGUGAUGAGGACGAAGAUUGUCGAAGCAUAUCCACCGUUACAUCGACGGAAAUGCAACAUCCGGCAUCACCGCAAGAUCAAACUGACGUGAAACUUCAAUCGGCCGACGAUUUCUCCGCGAGAAAAACCGCCAACGAUGAAUCUAAUGACGUUACCUACGUUUCACGUGAUAUCGAUUCUGAUGGGGCACUCAAAAAAUUACACAAUCAAUUCGACGAACUUACUCUCCAGCGCGAUGAGCUGAUCAACGAAAAUGGUUUGUUGAAAUCUCAGGUUGAAAACUUGCAAAAUGAGUGUAACGUGAUUCGUGAGCAACGUGAUCAGACGACAGCGAAGAACGACUCUUUAACCAAGCAACUUGAGCAAUCACAGAGCGAGUGCAUGAAAAUUAGUCAACAUCGUGAUGAACUAUCGAGUCAAAAGGACGCUAUCAUGUCCGAUCAUGAUUCACUUAUCACGCAGCUGGAGCAAUCACAGAGCGAGUGCAUGAAAAUUCGUCAACAUCGUGAUGAAUUAUCGAGUCAAAAGGACGCUAUCAUGUCCGAUCAUGAUUCACUUAUCACGCAACUGGAGCAAUCACAGAGCGAGUGCAUCAAAAUUCGUCAACAUCGUGAUGAACUAUCGAGUCAAAAGGAUGCUAUCAUGUCCGAUCAUGAUUCACUUAUCACGCAGUUGGAGCACCUACAGAGCGAAUGUAAUCUUAUCGGUGAACAUCGGGAUGAGGUGAUUGGUAACCUGAAGGCCGCAUCGGACCUUAAUAAUAGUUUGACCGCACAAAUCGACACAGUUCGUAAAGACCAUGACGAAUUGUCGAGAAAGAUGAUAUCGACAACAUCACAGAUGGACCAAUUGCAGGUGAAGUUAGCGACUUCUGUUCAACAACAAGAAAAUUUGUCGAAAGAGAAGGACUCCCUGACAUCACAGCUUGAGCAAUUAAGAAAAGAUUAUGAUCUCGUCUGCCAACAGCGGGAGGAAUUGUCAACCAAGACUCACAUGUUAUCAUCACAGCUGACACAGUUGCAAGAGGAACUGAAUGUGUUAAACCGCAAGCAAUUCGAAUUGUCAUCUCAGCAUGAACAAUCGAAUUCGCGAUGUGAUGAAAUCUUGAAGAAAAAUGUUGCGCUAAUGUCGCAGCUUGAACAGUUACAAGUGAAUUACGAUCGAGUGGCGAAAGAAAGGGACGAUUUCGCAGGCCAGGUUUCCACUCUUUCAUCUCAGGUAACACAACUUCAAGGUGAAUUAAAUCAAAACCGUGAUGAGUCGAUCAACAACAACAACACCUUGACUUCUCAGAUAGAGAAAUUGCAAGCGGAAUUGGAUCAAAUUGCUCUGAAUCGUGAUGAAGUGUCAAUCAAGAAUAGUGAGCUCAUCUCUCAACUCGGUCAUGUUCAGGAUGAGUUGAAUAACGUGAUCAACCAGCAAAGGGAAGAGGUGAAGUCGUUGACUGGGGAUCUUACCAAGGAAAUAAGUCGAUUGAGCGAACAUUGCCGUAUGCUCAAUGAACAAAACGAUGGUUUACAGCGGCAAAAUCAUAAUAUCGCUGCAGAACUUGAGCAAUUGAAAACCCCAUCAAAUAAUGCUCAGGCGCAGCAAAGAGAAGAAACAUUGGAGGUGAACAAGGAUAUUCUCGAGUCGCAAGAAGGAAUUAUCUCAAUCCAACCCAACGACGAAUCUUACGCAAUUAUUCAACAAAGCGACGAAACGGCGAACGGCAACCUAAGAUUACGAGAACACCAAGAUUCUAUUAUGUGUGAAAGAGAUGAAUUGAAAAAUCAUAUGGCUAUCAUAAUUUCACAAAAUGAACAGCUAAGAAUGGAAAAUAAUAAUCUGAGACACCAACAAGAGAUUGGACAGAUUCAGGAGGAACUCGAAGAUUUUAAGAUACAGCGAGCGGAACUACGCAAUGACCAAGGACGUAAAGUAUAUGAGGUGGACGCACCCAGAAGAAUGAAUAUAAAACCACAAGCAACGCAGCAAUAUCCACCGAAUCAAUCGCAAAAUUCUGUUGAUUCUCAAGAACCUCUCGAUAAAGUAUCACGGAUUCCGGUAUACCAAUCCUCCAACAGAAAUUCAAUAGCGGAAAGUGCAUCUCCUGAUUCUAACACUACGUCCCCCAUGAGACCUUCAACAUAUAUUUAUGCGCAGCCACAACAAGCGGCAGAGCUUAAUGUUAGUCGAUCGAUCCAUCCCGAAGAAAUCACUAAUAGCAUGAAUGCGAAUCAACAAGCCUCGCCACCACCAUCACAACCAGUCUAUUCACCAAAAUAUGUUUCCCAACGAGUUCGACCGCAGCAACUCAUUGCCACGCAACCAUUUUCUGCACCAAUGAUAUUACCAGAAGGUUCAUCAAGUUACAUGAAUGAAUCUCAACAAGCUUACCCCGCCGCGGCUCCGACCUCAUAUAAUUUGACUCCUGGACGAUCUCAAUAUUACGAAGACCAAAACGUCCCAAGUCCCAAUGUCAACCUGAGCCAUCGAUCUUCCAUCUACAGAAGAUAUUCUUCGAUAGGUCAAGAAUCGUUUAAUGACAUCCCAUCAAAUUUACAAACAUCAAAUGCGUAUACGUUGGGGCCUGCUAAUUCACGUUACUCUUCUGUCUCGGUUGCAAAUAUUGACUCGGUGAAUCGAUCAACUAGCGUUUAUAACGUGUCAAAACCCCUGCCAAGUAUUCCUAGUAUUCCUGCACAAGAACAAAAGCCUCUAAAAUCAUCAUCUGAAAGCAUAACCAGUAGAAAAUCCAUUAGAUUGUCCGGUAAACUGGCCUCCCUUAGAAAUUCAAAAAUGUUGAGAUCACAAAAGGAAAUACCCACGUGCCAAUAUUGUAAGCAAAAACCGUGUAAGAAAAACUUUACCGGCUAUUCAAGAUUUUGUUCACCCGAAUGUAAAAGCAUGGCGAAGAAAGAUAUCACAGACAAUGCUAGCAUAAUUUCAUCACAUUACGGAGACCCGCGAAAAUCUUAUAGCUCCUCAAUAUAUAACGAGUCGGUGGACUCACUUGCCGAACAUUUCUAA